AAUGUUUGGAGUUGAAUUCUUUAAAGCUUCAGACGGAGAGGAGAGCGAGAGUGAAGAUGGAGAGAGAUUUAAAUCUCCUCCAAGAACUAGAACUGAGUGGGUGGAGAGCCAGGGAAUGGGCUCAUGGCCACAAGUACGGGGAUUUGAGGAAAUUUUAGACAGAAACAGUUUACUGGGUCGUCAAGAAGGAAUUGAGGAAGACUUGAGGACUCAUGCACCUUGGAAGAGUGGCAUGCUAAAUGAAAUUAAUGGCAAGUUAGCUGGUCUUGAAGACAAAUUGAAGGAACUUUCAGAACGAUUUCUUUAUGCUGAGAAUAUACGUAAUUCUGUAUCUGAUGAAACUGGAGGGAUACGAAUAAUAAAAGACAAUAUGGAUCCACGUUCAUAUUGCAAUCCUGAUUUACUUAAUGCUAUAAAGUCAUCGACUGGAGAUAAAUCAGCUUCAAAUGAUGCAUUAAUGACAACAUUUCAAUCAACAACAACAGAAAAUGAAAUACCACAAGACAAGAGCAUCUCUCAAGCUGCUUUUAAUGAAAGCAACAGAACUACAGAUGAAUCUGCUACUGCUGGACCUUCUUCUUCCAUUAUGACUAAUCAUGUUUCUUCUUCUUUAAAGACUAAUGUUUCUGUCAAUAGAAGCAUGACUGUCCAUGCUUCUCAUAACAUGGCUAAUUUUGAAGGACAGUUAGAACUAAGAGAUACUGCUUGUCAACAAGAUAUUGUUCCAGCUACUAAUGAGAAUGUCAUGACUACUGUUGAUAUAAGCAGAGCUGUUGAUAGUAGUGAAAUAAAAACUGAACCUGUCAAAUUUGUAGAAAAUGAUGUAAAAUCUCCCUUAAGUAAAGAAAUUAGUGCUCAUGAAGAAGAUGACCCAAUGCCUCCUCCAUUACCUAACAGAUUGGAAUCUCUUCCAUUGUUGGAUGCUGUCUCCAGAUGUCAGGGCUUCCCG